AUGGCUAUAUAAUUUCAAACCAAGUACCCUCUAAGACCCAUCACCAACAUCCCAAGAAGCUACGGUCCGUCAAGUGUACGUAUCACAUGCUCUGUUACUACCACCAAUCCUCAUCCUAAUCAUGAGAAGGCGCUUGUCCUUGAGCAACGCCUUGUGAAUCAUCCUUUGUCCAAGGACAACGACCCAACUCUGCAAUCGACAUGGACUCAUCGGUUAUGGGUUGCAGCGGGAAGCACAACUGUCUUUGCCUCUUUCGCUAAAUCUUUCAUUGGAGGGUUUGGUUCCCAUCUCUGGCUCGAACCAGCUUUAGCCAGUUAUGCAGGGUACGUCUUAGCUGAUCUAGGCUCAGGUGUGUACCACUGGGCCAUUGACAACUACGGUGAUAAAUCAACACCUUUAGUAGGAGCACAACUCGAAGCGUCUCAGGGUCAUCACAAGUGGCCUUGGACAAUCACCAAGCGUCAAUUCGCCAACAACUCACACACUAUAGCUCGAGCCAUAACUUUUACAGUUCUACCACUAAACCUUGUAAUUAACAAUCCUCUGUUUCAUAGCUUUGUGAGUAUAUUUGCAUUUUGCAUAUUGUUAAGCCAACAAUUCCAUGCUUGGGCUCAUGGAACCACGAGCAAGCUUCCGCCUCUCGUGGUGGCGUUACAGGAUAUGGGACUACUCGUUUCACGGAAACAUCACUUGGGACAUCACCAAGCACCAUAUAACAGCAACUACUGUGUAGUGAGUGGGGCAUGGAACAAGGUUUUGGAUGAAAGUAAGUUCUUUGAAGCAUUGGAGAUGGCGUUGUAUUUCCAGUUUGGUGUGAGACCAAGGUCAUGGAACGAGCCAAACUCUGACUGGGCAGAAGAAACCGAGAUCUCCAACAACCAAGCAUAGUACUUAAUCUAUUACAAAGAUUUAAAGAAUAUGCUGAAAAUGUUUGUCUAGUAAGUUAUAUGUAAUGAAGUUUGAGUAUAUCGAAUAAAGAACCAUAUCAACUA